AUGCGGCGCGGUAAUGCGAAUGCCCUUUUGAAGGUUGCACCUAACCCCGUCGUGGACCAGGUCAUGCGACACGACCCGAUGACUGGGUGCUUGGCCAACGCCUACCUCAACCGGCGAGUCGGGUUCAACACGCAAGAUGCGUAUCUUGAAAGAGACCCAUCCGCUGAUGGCCUAACUAAGGCAUUCUCGCACAUGAGCAUUCGAUGCAACCCAGAAGUUCCACGCGAUAUCCCGAAAGCAGAGCUUGCAAAACUACCACCUCCCCCAGAGGUCGUGAAGCUAACAAGGGAGGUGAAGCGAACAUCUAUGCAGCUUCGGCAGCAGUAUGGAUAUAUCAAGUCAGCCCCAAAGAAGAUCAAAGCAAAGUAUUCGCAGCUUCGUUGUGAUUUGCGAAUCUUAGAGAAGGCAUUUAGGUGCGACAUGACCAAAGUAUACCAGGAAGAGUACCGUCGACGGAUGCACAAUGAAGAGUUGGAGAGGAAACUGAAUGGCAUGGCUAUCGAAGAGAAAACUGAGCCUGCCGUUGAGCAUCAGCUGCCAGAGCGCUCAAGCUUGCAGAAUAUUCUCUGCGACUUUAGUACGGAUAUGAGUCUCGAGGAUAUAACAGUCCGCAAAGUCAGAGCUAUCGAUAUUAUGGUUUGCCUCGCCGCCUGCCGAGAAGUGCGCCAAGUUCGAUCGGUACCUUCUCAAGAGGCAAGCAGAGAAUCCUCUCCUGGGGUGGCUGAGGUCAAACUAGUUCUCAAGCCCGAACCAUUCGAAAAUUUUCCGCUCCUGCUAGGCAAAACGCAAUGCAUCUACUGUGUGGGGGAUGAGCGACUGACUCCUGCAGCUCGAAUGAGAAAUUUCAAGCGUGUUUCUCACAUGAUGGACCAUGUCGAGAACGUUCAUCUGCGGCACGAGAAGGGCAAUGAGAGAGUGUUCAUUCUUUGUCACCACCUAGACUCUAGUGAGCUCAUCCUAGGAAGAUGGAAACGCUACUGCAAUGAGAUGAAUGUCGGCGACUGGCGAGCCACGAUUGUUAAUCUGAGCCGCGCUACUACGAUGGACUUUUUUCUCUUCGUCUGUGGUAACUACAAAGUGCGAUCGUGGGGCUCUUUGGAGGGGUAUCCGCCAGUUCCAGCAGCUCUACACGACUGUCACAGGGCGCUACAUGGAUAG